AUGACUGGAGUCAGGAAAAACAGUGAGGCUGCGCGCAAGCCAUACCGCAAGCUCAAAACCGUCAGCCAGCUCAGUGCUGUUGAUAUCAUCAUCGAGACUCGCAAAGUCAAGCACCAUUUCGAUGAUCUCCCUCCGGUGGAAGACUAUCACUUCGUUGCGAUCGGCGUCUCACGAUUUCUCGACAAGAACACACAUCCGAUGAAACUAUACCUGGGUCAAAACGCAACUCAUAGGACCUGGGCCUUUCUCAAGCACUGGCCUAUGUCAGUGAAGAAGGGAUCUGAGGUAUUGUUCGUCAACGAAUACCGUUACGGAGACAGUGACACCAUCAAGGACGUCUCACAUAUGGGCUUGAUGUACCCUUUCAAGGCUUUCAAAGACAAGAACCUCGGCCAGAGCAUCCGCCAUCUGUCCCACUUCGUUCAAUAUGUCUUCCUAUACACCGGCAAAGUGGACAAGGUGUACCCACAGAGUCUGAUAACUGCAGAGGAGGUGCUCAUCGCUGCGGUUAGCACCAUAGCUUCCAUAUACAAAGCCAAAGGUGGCGUAGAGGCAAUGCCCGAUUGUCAUCUUCCCGGCCCCUUCAACGAUGCCACUUGUGACGAUGAUCAUACUCCUCUCCCUCCGCAUACAAACGCUCGCGCAACUCGAGCUUAUCCUGCCCAUCUCAUCCUAAAGCUCAGAGUAUCUCCAGACGCCCUCGCCUCCGCAUUGGCAGAGGCUCCUUCCAAAUCGAAGGAGAUAGCCAAGCCUGAUAUUUUCUCGUUUCCGCUCGGUCGCACACAAGAGGAUGAUAUGCAAACGGUUAUUUCGGAGAGAAUGAGCAAUCUGGGCUUAGGCGCGCUUGACUCGGUAACAGAGAUUAUCGGUAGAUCGAAGCGUAAAGCUGACGCUGACGAAAAGCCUUUCGAACACUGGAAAAAGCUUAAGCUCGAGAAACAGAAGGAGGCCAAGCUCGAGAAAGAGCUGAAGAGGCGGCUGAAGGGGAUACAGGCGAGGCAAGCUCGCUAUGAUAGUGAGAUGGAGACUGUGGCCAAAGAGCAGCCGGUUGCGACCAUCAUCCGCUGGGCUGCUGCUGACGUGGAGGAUAGUGAGAAGGAUGAAGAGAUCAACCCGGUGCUUGAAGGAUACUGA